AUGACCAGAGCGGUGCAAGAUUGGAACGCGCAAGCCGGUAAAGUCACUAAUCUGAGAGAUCCUACCGACAUGAGUGACGCGGUGACCGUGAAUUACCUAAAAUACGGCUAUCUCAACAGCAACGGAACAUCGCUGACUAACAAUAUUAAGGACGCCGUUACGAGGUUUCAGGAGACAUUCGGACUACAGGUGACCGGAUAUGAAAACGAGGAGACGCUGAAGCUGAUGGACACACCCAGAUGCGGUAACUCGGACGAAGGCAUAGCUCCGUUUUCCGUGAACCCAUUAGUUAAAUGGAACUCAACUCGGGUCACGUGGAACAUGAUUGGCUCAGGCAGCCAGUAUGCUAACAUCGUUGAGAGAGCGUUUUCUUUGUACUCCAAACACUCUGCUCUCGAAUUCCGUAGAAGUUACAGUAAUCCCACUCUAAUGGUAGUGAUUUACCCUAAGAAACACGUGGCGUACUACCUUAAAAGCACUUGCAGUUACGAUUUUGACGGUCCAGGCGGCGUUCUCGGCCACGCCUUUCUCCUUCGACCGUGGCUGAACCAAUCGGAUAUACACCUUGAUUUCGAAGAGGACUGGGACUUUACAAUGAAUAUACCCGCAACCGGAGAAGACUUCGUUCUUUACAGUGAUGGUCCACGAAAUAGGCCAUGCUCUCGGUCUUCAGCAUUCGUCUGUGUUACGAUCCGUACGGUCAUACAAGACCGAGACCGAGACCAUGGAGGACCCAUCAACGGCUAUGGACCUGGAGCCUACGAGGAUCCCUAG